GCUGCUCCAGAAAGUGUAUGCAGUGCCUGAAGGUAUAAGGUCAGCGUGGUUAAUUCCCAUACCAUUGCAAACCUCUGGGUGCAGGACUUCCCUUCUCCCCCCCUCUCAGCUGCACCCUUUCAGCACUAUCACAGAUCCUGCUCUCCCUUUAAAGAGAGAGGAGGAGCAAAAGGAAGAUGAAUUUACCGCAGUGGAUUUUAUAAUCGAGUCUCGCAUUCAUGUUGGAAGGGAUCGUUUGCUGGCAAGACAUCGCAGAUCUGCCCGGGUAUAACACGAGUGUAAAGUAGCUCCAGGACAGAAGAAACUCCAGAUCCUGCCGCUGCCAGAAGUGGAACUACUCGCCCUGCCCAAUCGCUCCGUCCUUUCCCCGCCUUCCACCGUGUGCCCCGCAGAGAUGCAUCCAGCCAGCAGAGGACGGGGUAUUCUCCCCGGCUGUCAGUCAGCAGGGGCUGCCCAGCUCGGGACGAGCUGAUCCCGAAAUAAGGACAGACUGGCGGAGAGUGGAGCACGCAUAGCUGGGGGUGGGCAGCCCGAGGUCCCGCACCGUGCCUGGAAGCAUCGCUCCCUCCGGACCGGUGCCGGGUAACCCGCGCUAUCUGCCGCGGCCAGCUGCCCCAGAACUUGGGAGACAACGCCGGCUUUGCGCGCAGGAUGAGGGUCGCAGCAUCCCCCCUCUGCCGCGGGGGCAGCCGGCCCCUUCCUCUUCGUCCUCAUACCUCCGAGCCCCGUGCUGGAACCCUUCUAGCACAGCCUCUUCUCCAUGUCCUGCCUGGGGCCGAGAGCCCUCCCCGCAGCGCCUGAGCGCGGGCCGAGCUUCGGCACCGCGCCCGCGGAAGGAGGAGGUUCGGCACCGCGGACAGCGGCGGGACGAGGCUCAGAACCGCGGACAGAGCCCGGGGCUCCUCCGAGCCCGAACCGCCCAGGGACAUCGGUGCCCGCUCCGGACCGGCUCCGUGCUUCGGUGCCACGGGGUGUUGCGUCUGCUGGAAGCAUCGCUCCGCUCUGCCGAGAAGGACGCCGAGAGAUUCCACCCCUCCCCUCACACAUCCGCUGCCAGUCGCCUCUCUCACGAAGCCAGAAGGGAGAUCUUUAGGCUUGAAGUCUGUUUGCCUCCUGUGGAUGGGGAUUUACAGGCUUGGACGGUGCCUGGUUACAGUGGGGUAUGAGUCUACAGACCCUGAGGUGCUCUACAGAGUCAGAAAGUAACCUCAGGUCUCUUGCUCUGUGGAGGGUUGAAAUAAGCCCUGUACAACCCACAAACGCAGCCCAAGCCUUCCUGCCUCCCUGCAACCAACUUCACCCUUCACCUGCCAGAAUUCCCUCCACGAUCCUUCCUUUGGAGACUGUAGGAUGAGGCAUUUCCUUCUGUCUGGCUCAGGGUGAAAGGGUUCCCUGGGGGCAGCAACACACAUCUGGCAGGGACUGAAAGGUUUUAAUCCAGCCUCUCCUUCAAUCAACAAUGGCAAAUGAACCGGUGAUUCUGAAUGUUUAUGACAUGUACUGGAUAAAUGAAUACACUUCCACCUUGGGGAUUGGUGUCUUCCACUCAGGCAUCGAGAUCUACGGCAGAGAGUUUGCCUACGGAGGGCAUCCCUACCCUUUCAGUGGGAUUUUCGAGAUCACACCUGGCAGUGCGGUAGAGCUUGGCGAGACCUUUAAAUUCAAAGAAUCCAUUGCCUUGGGCACUACAGACUUCACAGAAGAGGACGUGGAUAAGAUUAUGGAAGAGCUUGGCAAGGAGUACAAAGGCAAUGCCUACCACCUGAUGCACAAGAACUGCAAUCACUUCUCUGCUGCUCUGGCUGAGAUCCUGUGUGGGAAAGAGAUCCCCCGCUGGGUGAACCGCCUGGCUUACUUCAGCUCCUGCAUCCCCUUCCUCCAGAGCUGCCUCCCCAAGGAGUGGCUGACCCCAGCAGCCCUGCAGAGCCACAUCAGCCUGGGUCUCCACAAGGAGGAGCAGGGGGACACAACGGAUGAGGAGUCCCCUUCCACUUCCACCGCCCCCUCAGCCUCAGGCACCUCUCGAACCUGUAGGCAUACCCGGGUCUAACCCGUGCCCUCACAGAACCUACUCCUGCUCUCUUGAACCGUUUCUUUCUCAUACCCUUUUGCAUACCUUAGUUUCUCUCUUCUCUUCUUUGCUGGACCACACAUGGGAGGAAAGAUCCUCUCUACUAAGGAGGUGAAGCUUCAGUCCCUUUUCCAGGGGCUGCUACUACAGUUGCUUGGCAGAAUGACUGUGAAGCCCAAGGCUGAGCUGAAGAGUGUGGUAACUCAAGAGGACUCUUCUCCCAGGGCCCCCAUGCUCCUCUCUUCAUGAAGAACUGCUGCCUCUCUUGGGCUUGAGAGCGUGAGGAUGGGCAGGGAGGGGGGCACCAUACUGUAAUGUUCCUUCUCUGGAACUGUUUUAACUUUUUAUCUCUUCCCCCACCCACAUGAGCCCAGCAGCCCCCUCUGUUUUGGCUGGGGUUGCCCUGUGGUAAAUUUCCUGCUCACACCCAGUGAAGGAAGCAGAACCAGAACUCAACCCAUCCCUUUUGUAAUCAUGAGGUUUCUAACACAUGUGAAGGACAAAUGUAAGGUGCUGGUGUUCUAAACCACUAGUUUUCAGUACUCAAAUUUAAGAGCUCGAAUGACUGUCCUGCUCUUGAAAAUAAUAACAAAGAACCUAGAAAAU